AUGCCCGUCGAACUCCGCAAGCGCAAAGAGGCUCCUCCAGCGCCAGCGCGCCCAGCCAAGAAGAAGGCCGCGCCCAAAGAGAAGAAACCAGCUGCCGAGAAGACUGUCGUCGAGAAGGCCACAGAAGCUGUCACUGAGACCGUUACUGAGACUGUCGAAGCUGUCAAGGAUGCUGUUGUCAGUGUGACCAAUGGCGCUACUACUGGCAUACCCAAGGUUGGCGACACAAUCGACCUAUCUGCCUUUGGCGGUGAGAUCGAGACAAACGACGGCAACAAGACGACCUUUGCGAAACUUGUAGAGGAGAGCAAGGGCGGUGUUGUGCUGUUCACGUACCCCAAAGCUUCAACACCUGGUUGCACCACACAAGUCUGCCUCUUCCGCGACUCGUACGAGCCCCUCACCGCGACGGGGUACAGCAUCUUUGGCCUCUCGAAUGACAGCCCCAAGGCAAACACCACGUUCAAGACGAAGCAGAAGCUGCCCUACACGCUGCUGUGCGAUCCUGCGCAGACGCUCAUCUCUGCUAUUGGUUUGAAGAAGACGCCUAAGGGAACGACACGUGGUGUGUUUGUCGUAGACAAGUCAGGCAAGGUUCUGGCUGCUGAGCCCGGUGGUCCUGCGGCGACCGUUGAGGUCGUUAAGAAGCUUGUCGGGAGCGGGGAGGUUAAGGAUGGCGAUGUCGAGGCUGCAAAGACGGCUGAUGAGGUUGCAGAUACGGCCGAGAAGAUUGAUGCUUGA